AUGAUUUCAGUGAUGGAGGGACAAUCAGUCACUUUAUACCCUGAUAAUACUGAAGCACAGAAAGAUGAUCUGAUUGUGUGGAUGUUUGGAGAUGAAAACAAUCUCAUUGCUCAAAUGACUGGAAAGACCAGAGCAACAUAUGAAGGUACUGAUGGGAUAUUCAGAGACAGACUGAAGCUGGACAAGAGGACUGGAUCACUGACCAUCAGGAACAUGAGAACCGAACUAUCUGGACUUUACAAACUACAGAUGAGCAGCAGCAGCAAAGGAACCACAAACAAGAGAUUCAAAGUUGUAAUAAAUUUGAAUAACGUGUCAGUGAAGGAGGGAGAGUCUUUGAUUCUGAAGACUAGUUCUGAAAUACGGAAAAAAGAUAAGAUACUGUGGCUGUUUGGAGAUGAAAACACUCUCAUAGCUGAAAUCAAAGAAGGGAAUGGAAAGAUCUCUACAUUUGACGGCAUCGAUGGGAGAUUUGGAGGCAGUCUGGGGCUAGACAUUAAUACUGGAUCCCUGAUCAUUAGAAACAUCACAACUGAACACACUGGAGUUUAUACACAGAAGGUCAUCAGCAAAAAAGGGACCACAAUCAAGAGAAUCAAUGUUGCUGUGAGAGUGAAGAUGAUUUUAGGGGUGAAGGGCAAGAAUGUGACUCUAACUCUAGAUUUAAACAUUCUUGGAAACAUUUAG